CCACUGCUUGCAGGCAGGCACCUUGUCCCCACACCAGGCACAGGAAGUGGCUGGAGCUUACAGCCUGCCCCCAGCCCUAGAGCAGAUUCAGGAGGAGAGUUUUGUCUGAGAAAUAAGGACCAUGGACCCCGAGCGGCUCCUCCAGUGCCCCUAUGACAAGACACAUCAGAUCCGUGCUUGCCGGUUCCCCUACCACCUAGUCAAGUGCCGGGAGAACAACAGGAAGGUGGCGGCCGAGCUUGCCACGUGCCCCUACAAUGCGCGCCACAAGGUCCCGAAGCGUGAGCUCCAGCUCCACAUCGCCACCUGCUCUAACAACCCUGCUGACACUGAGGCCCCGUUCCCACCCAAGACUGAGCUGAAGGAGAUGCCAGGCGCCUGGCAGUGCCCCCCGUGCCAGGAGGACUGGGAAGCAGAUGCAGACGGGCUGGGGGCUGCUGCUCCUUUCCAUCUUGGCUCCAGGGAAAACCGCCUCCUUGGCACCCCACAGAGGUUCUCCAAGUGCCCUUGAGCAGCGGGAGAGACUGGGGGAAAUGUGAGCUUGAACUUGGCCCUGCCGAGCUGAGGCACCCCCUGGGUAGUGUUUUUAAUGCAGACAAAUAGAGUCAAUAAAUGUUUUGCUUUUAUCA